CUGGUGUAGCUGCUCCAUUCCAGGCUUACAGGAGAAGGAGGAGGAGGCACUUGCCACGCAUGCUGGAGACUCGAGCCUGCCUUGGCUCCCCUUGCUGCUGUGGUUGGUGGUGGCAAGGAAGACGACAGUGCAGCCAGGAUGGCUUUUCUGGCUUUGCCUGCCCAGUUGCUCCGCGCGAAGAGGAGGGACCACCUGCUGCAUGCUGGAGGCUAGAGCCUGCGACACUGCGGCUUGCCUCGCUGUGGUUGGUGGCAGCGAUGGGGACUGCAGAGUGCCGAAGCGGAUAUUUGACCUCUGACCAGCCAGCAUCAGUAGCCCACUGCUCCCUGGCCUGUGAGCAGCACCUCCAGCCUCUGCCCCUGCCACCCUCUCAACCAGAUGGUGGCCAACGCAGUGGCAGCGCUCUCAGAAAUCGCCGAGUCUCACCCCAGCAACAACCUGCUCCAUCUGAACCCACAGUUCAUCAACAAGCUGCUGACAGCCCUGAUUAAGUGCACCGAGUGGGGCCAGAUCUUCAUCCUGGACUGCCUCGCCAACUAUAUGCCCAAGGACGACCGCGAGGCCCACAGGUUUUCACUGUGUUGUCCAGACUGGUCUCACCCAAACUCCUGGGCUCAAGCAGUCCACCCACCUCAGCCUUGCCUGGCCUUGUUCUUUACAUGCGUUAUGUCAGUUAAGCCCCCAGCAACCCUGUGAAGUAUGCAUCAUCAUCUUGAUUCUAUAGAUGAGGAAACUGAGGCUCAGAGUGAUUUCAACUUGCUGGGGGUUAGCAGGCAGCAGAACCAGGAUUUAGAUCUUUCUCCUACAAAAAACAUGUUUGUUU